AGACAGCACUGCAAAUAGCAAAUGGCAAAUGUUAAGUUUUUGGCUACCGUAAAUAAACAGUGAAAGUGCAAUUAAGAACUAAAUGAACGACAAUUAGCGACUCAGUUCGUACACCGUUUGACCGAACUUAUUCCGAUACAAUUCUAGUUAGAAAUUUAGUUGAACGCAACGGCAGUGCCGCAACCAGAGAGAAAGAGAGCGAGCGAGAGAGAGAAUGAAGAGUUUGGAAGAAAUUAAGUUAGAAUAUCCACUGCACUGGCAGAUCUGGAAUGGGAACGUUGAGGAGCUGCAACAGCAGUUGCUCACCGAACAGAUUGAUAAGGAAAAAAUCGAUCCGCGGGGCCGCACACCAUUGAUGUUGGCCGUUCGUCUGGCGAAUCUGCAAUGUGUUAAGUGCCUUUUAGCUGCCAAAUGCAAUGCAACCUACGAGCAUGCAGGCUGGUCAAUUGUCCAGGAGGCCGUUUGCACGGGCGACGAGGAGAUCUUAACGGCGAUUAUCGAGGUACGCGACUUGCAGCGUCAUGUGCAGCGCGUGACGCAUGUGCCGAAGCUGUUACAGCAUCUGCUGGAUGCGCCCGACUUCUACAUUGAAAUGAAGUGGGAGUUCACGUCGUGGGUGCCGCUGAUGUCACGCCUCUGUCCCAGCGACACCUACAAGGUGUACAAGCGCGGCGCCAACGUGCGCAUCGACACAACCUUGUUGGGCUUCGACAACAACACCUGGCAGCGCGGCAAUCGAUCCUACAUAUUCAAAGGCGGCAAGGAGACGGCUACAAUGAUCGAGAUCGAUCAUGACACCCACGAGGUGAUGGUGGAGCAGAUGAGCAGCGAUAUUGGUGACAUUGUGGCCAUUCCGCCACCAAUUGGCACCGUUCGUGCUCGCCUGGCUGCGCCCGUCAUCACCAACAACAUCGAAAUGGAGAAGAUCAGCUUCGAGCGCAACAAGUCUGGCAUCUGGGGCUGGCGCAGCGAAAAGUCGGAGGUCAUCAAUGGCUACAAUUGCAAAGUGUAUGGCGCCAGCAAUGUGGAGUUUGUCACCAAGACGCGCAUGGAUCACCUCAGCGAAGAGCAAAUCAAGGUAACAAUCAAAGAUAACAAAACGGCUCGGACGCCGCUUCACAGUCUAUUGGGCAUUGCUGACGAGGAUUACGUGCCUCCUGCGGAUGUGCCUGCUUCAAUCAAAGAUCGCACAUCGGAGUCAGCUCCUUUGAUUGCGCCCAGUGUGAACGGUGAUCGUGCGUCGCCCACUGUUCCAGCUCAGGCUGAGAGCAAUGGCAGCUCCGCCUGCUGCUCGGGCACGAGCACGCCCCAUUUGCAACAGAUCACGCCCGAGGAGUACUUCAGUGCCGAUGUGGAUUUGCAGGGUCGCGACAUUGGCAGACCAAAAAACCUAAGCACAAAGGUGCAACGCUUCAAGGCCAAUCUCUGGCUGGCCGAAGAGCAUCCCAUCCGUCUCCAGGAACAAGUGCUUCCCAUACUGGAUCUCAUGUCCACAAUGGCCAGUCCGCAUGUGUCCAAAUUGAAAGACUUUAUAACGAUGCAACUGCCUUCCGGCUUUCCGGUCAAGGUGGAGAUACCGCUCUUCCAUGUCCUCAACGCCUGCAUCACGUUUGGCAAUGUGUUCGCCAUGACCACGCCGGUGGAGCACGUGGCCACGCUGCAGGAGGACGAUCGCACCACCUGCCUGGUGGAUGAUCGUUGCUUCGAUAUACCCAGCAGUUAUGUGAAUCGUGGCGCCGAUGCCCGCCGUCAAAUCCCCCUGGACGAGGAUGACAUGCUGCAAUAUGCCAUCGAACAGAGCCUGGCGGAGACAAGCGGCGCUGGCGGCGCCUGUGGCCUGGAUAGCGAUACCGACAAAGUGGACAUCUGGGAGGUGCUGCGCGGCCAAAAUGCCGUGGGCACCGAACUGCUGCCCGAGGACGACGAGCAGCUGCAGCGCGUGCUGCACGAGUCACUGAUGGGUGCGCAGGGCAAUGCGAGCGGCUCGCCCGUCUCUGAGGAUGAUGACGAUGGAGGCUUUCGCUACAUGGACUCCGACCUGGCCAUGGCCAUGCGCCUCUCCCAGCAGGAGCAGCAGAAGUACGAGCUGGAGCGACAGCGCGAGCAGGAGAUGAUCGAGCAGGCGCUCAAGCUCAGCCUGCAGGAGAACUAGCCAUUGAACCAAUUAGUUAACCAAAUCUAACCAAAACCAACCAAUCAAUCAAUCAAUCAAUCAGCAGUCACAAGCCUGGCGUCAAUCAAAUGAGAGGGAAAGUCAUUUUUGUCGAUACCAAAAUUGGAAAUAGUUUAUCUAUAUAUGUAAUUCUA